CACUUCCAAAUUGAUGUGUCUGUGUUUAAGGGAACAGUUAAAGUAUGCUUUCCCUUUUCUGCCCACCUUCCCCAACCCAGGCCCUUCAGAUAUGUUCCACUACAAUUCCUAUCACUCACUACCAACAUGAACAUGUUGCAUAAGUACAUAGUGAGAUCUGUAGUUCAACACAUCUGACAAGUCAUAGAUUGAAGAAGGCUGGUCCCUAGAAUGCUAAUAAUUGCAAGGCAUACAACAGGUAUAGCAUUAAUCCUUUUACUUUUUUUUGUCAUAUGACUAAACCAUUUCUCAUAUAAACAAAAACAUAAAGCUGUUUACAACACUAAAAUCAUCAUCCUCCCAGUCAAAAACAGUACACUACCCAGGUGUAGGAUAACCUAUUUGUGUGAGGCACAGAGACUGCAAACAAAAAAAUAAAAAUAAAAAAAUAAAGCUUUAUGUGUUCUGUAAAUACCUGUAAUGUACCAGUACUGUGACAUAACACAGUGCAAAAGAGAACAGAGCUUCUGCAUCUUUAACAGUUGUAUAGAAGAGAUGCUAUCAUCAGAUGGAGUUUGCAUGGUAACUUCCGUUUGCUGAAUACCCAUACCGUUAUUAGAGGUGAAGAAACCCUGUUCAAUUUUACAUCUGACUACCCUACAUGCUACAAAGUGUGGCUAUCACUGUAAAGAAGGUUCCUCCACAUACUUCCCUUAAGAUGACAAUGGCCUAAAGACAUGAGAUCCCAUCUGAUCUUAGAAGGUAAAUAGGGUCAGCCCUGGGUAGUACUUCGAUGAGAGAUCACAGUGAAUACCAGUUAUUGUGGGCUAUAUUUCAGAGGAAGGAACUGACAAAAGUUCCUCUGAAUAUUCCUUGCCUAUGAAAACCCUAUGAAAUUAAUAAGAUUGCCAUAAACUGACAGGCAACUUGAAGGCACAUACACACACAGAGGAGACUGGUAUAGAAGGGCAUUAUAUAUUAAUAUCAGUGCCUUAAACCUAGAAUCAUAAACCUUGUAUACCUUAAAUCCUUGCAUUGCCACACCAUGAAAAAUUAAACCUGUUGUAUUUUUACAAGCCAUACAGCUGAUAAAAGGCACAGAACUAAAAGGUCAAAUUUUUGAAAGGAGACUUAAUCAAUCCAUCAUACAUCCCUUAACUGAUCCAUUUAUUUGUCAGGAGGAAACAAGGUGCUAUCUUCAGAACAUCCUUGCUGUUCUAACAAAUAACUAAUUAGAAAAUUAAGAAAAUGUGUUGCAGUCUAUGAAACGGAUGUAUAAGAUUCACCAGCAGACCUUACAGGUGAAAAGGUUAGACUUUGGAGAAAAAGAAAAGAGGUCUACUAGUUUUCUAAAGAAUAACAUAUUCACUUGGAAAUCAUAAGAUGUCUUUUCAAAGCAAUGCUAGUACUUUGUCACUGAAAGACAUAAUGGAAAAUGGCUUUCUGAUUAGCUCUUCGAGCUAUAACUUCUCUCCAGGUAGCAGCUGUCUCCUGGAAAUGAACAGUAUUCCCAGAACAGAGGCAUGGAACAAAAUACAGAAUAUGUCAAAAGAUAGCUCUCUGUCUCUAAAGGUAACUGAAACUUCUCUGAAUGGCAUGAAGAAUGACCUGCAGGCUUCAGGUGAUGGCGCUGCAUUAUUCUGCAAAACUCCAAUCCAGCCGUAUACCUUUGAUUUGUCAAACUUGAGUUCUGCGAACAAUAGCAAGGCCAAUUCUACAGUAGAUGUAUUCUGUGAAACCAAAUCUUCUACCCCAUGCAAAGAUGAUAAGGUCUCUAAACUAACUGAGAACAUGUUGUUAAAGAGUUCUGAAAUGAAUGACAGUGCAACCUUCAAGAAGCCACCUGCACCACCAAUGUGGGAGAUCUCUGGAAUACAAGCUACUCUAGACAACACACUUUCUCUAGAAACAAGCAUAGAAGAACUUGUGUCCCUGGGCUCCAUGAAAACAGAAACCCCAUCUCUAGAGAUGUCCCAUUUUGCUAUGCCACUGGCUGGUAGUGGUGUGCCUGUUCCAGUACAUCAGGCUCCUGCUCUUUGAGCCAAAGCUGCUUUUGGUGUGCGAUAGCUUGAAGCUCUGGUUCACCAAUUCAGUUAUUUAAUGUUUCACAAGGCAUUGUGGUACACAGACACAAAUGUCUUACACUAUCUCACAAGAUAGUACAAUUCUGUCCUCUUGCUGAAGGGCUGUUUUACAGGCCUAUGCAAGGCUUUUGGGAAACCUAAGAGAUAGCUGAACAGCCUUACAUCAGAGCUGAGCAAGAUUUAGCUAAAUAUUGAAUUUGAAAAGAAUUCUAUUGCCGUGUUCAGAAUAUCGGAGCUAGUAGUAUCUUCAGGAGUGUCCAGCCAUUGUGAAGGACUGAAAAGGCAGUUGCAACCUGUAAUCAAUAUAAA